AUGCCGCGGAGGUCGAUGGCUUGGCAGGCAGCUUGCAAAGCUAUUAUGCUUCUUUUCCUGGCCACGUUUGCAUGGUCAAAAGAUGUAAUAGGAGUGCAUCCGCCAUCGCCAAGCCUGGAUGAGUCAUCGUUACCUCCUAUUGCGCCUUGGCCGCCUUGGACGCCAGCUGGGUUUGUAGGCUGGAAGCUAAUGCAGAUGCUGCGUGACGGUGGCAGCGGCAGCGCCGGCAGCAGUGCCGUACGGGUGGACCUAGAGUCUGGGGGAAGGGGCGCCGGCCGCCGCCGUGCCGGUGGCGGCGGCGAUGCCGCGGCCGUCAGCUCGACGUCACGUGGCGGCCCGGGUCGGAAUGCUGCGGCGGCGGCGGCGGCGCCGGCCGCGGCGGCGGCGGAGGAAUUGAAUCCGUUAUUUGGCUUUACCAAGAAGGCUCGCAGCGCCGCCACGGCCACUGCGGCGAGCGGCGGAUCAGCGGCUACAGGGAGGGGCAACGGCGCAGCGAAUGGGCGGUUACCGCAGCGACCGGCUGGCCGCCGUGCUGGUACUGCUGCUGCCGCGUCGCCGCCGCCGUCGGAUGACUCCGGCAGCGGCUCCGAUGACGGCUCCGAAACCGACUCCAGUAACAUGGGCAUGGAAGUAGGGAGAGUGUGGCCGGCAGGCAAGUGGCGAGGCCCUGCACCAUCCGCCAUUCUACAUCCUCCUGACGGGGUCCCCUGGCCGCCACCUCCGACCUUCCAGAUGCGUCAUUUCGUCGGCGUUCUCGGUGGCUCAAUUUGGUGGCUCAAUGAGGAGAGGGAAAAGAAGGAAGAAGAAACUGAGGGAACUGAGGGACGGGGACUUACGGGGCCCUUAGUGGUGGUGGGUGGUGGCGGUGGUGGUGGUGGUGGUGGUGGUGUGGCCAUGGUGUCGGCACCGGCGAGGCGCGUGAUUGAACGCGACGGGGAGGAGAUGAAUCCCCCAGACAGACCGGAGAGACAGGUAGCCCGGCCCCCGAGUCUGCCCGCGAACGAGUACCCGAGCAGCGGCGCCACGGAGCGGGAUGGCCACCCCGCACCCGAGGCUGGUGUUUGGCGUACCGCCGGCGUAGUGGCCCCACCCUACCCCGUCGAGGAACGCCAGGAGUACCCAGCAUUGGCGAGACAACGCGAGAGCAGCGAUCUACACCCGGCAGCGACAGGCCACCUCAGCUGGGAAAAUAUGGGCAUUCCGUUCGCCCCGAAACGCGCAACGCAAACGGUAGCCCACCCAGCGCCAGCGCCGGGCCACUGGAGCCAAGCGGCAGAAUCAGACGGUUUGCCCCAGCCGGGGGGUAAACUUCUCCUUGGGAACGUGCUUUUUGGACCGAUAGAAUCCGACGCCCGAGGCAUGACUACCCGUAGGAUCGUGCAGAUGCCAGCGCUGCAGCACCUACAACCCCCGCCCAUGGGAUUGGGAGGCAACCCUGGUCGCCUGGCCGCCCAGGCAGCAGCGGUAGCGGUGGAACGCCAUCGGGAGACCUUAGUACGCGCGAACGCCAACUUGGGAGGCACCACACAUACCCACAUCCUGGCAGACGCUAUUGUGGGCGGUGUACUGAUGUCAUUGGGCAGCAGAGCCCCGCUUACAAACAUCGCGGCGGCGGUGGAACAAGUUAUCCGGGGGGUAGAGGAGCUCCUCAUCCGACAACUCAAGACAGCGCUCUCAAGCCCGUUGGGGCUGUCGUACGCCCAGUGGAUAUCGGAGCGCCUCACUACGAAGCUUCACGCGCUGCUCGCCCCUUUGACUACGUAUGCCGCGACCUACGACGCGGACAUCUACACGGUCAGCAACAUGCUGGCCACCUUACUGGGCGGGUUAGAGUUGGCCGACUGCGCGUUAAGCCUGCUGAAACCGAAUCACCCCCAACUGGGGGCAGCGCAACGAGCUUGGCUACUGGCCGCGGAAAACGAGGUCACCAGAGACGCCAUUUGCGAAGCAGAUAUGACGGAGGCAAUGUGGGCGAAAGGCUACGGCCCACAACUGGGCUGCCUUUGGCGCCUGCUGGAACGGGUGGACGAUACGGUCAGACUUCUGCGAUCAACUCUCGCCAACGCAAAAUUCCAAAGCGGUUGGCAAGAGAGCCAAGCUGGGGGCUCACGCACCCAGGACAACCCCCGGGGUGGGGCGAUGAGCGGAGGCCAGGCGGCAGGUAUGAGAAGCAGCGUCGGCAACGGGCCAGCGGGGGAAGAGGGCCGGCAGGGCGGGGGCCGCCGAAACGACGCCCUAGCGGGACGCGGCAGGCAAGGGCCCGCGCCGUGGCAGGCGGCCUUCGACGCAGUGAGAGACGAGCUCGGGAGGCGCAACCUCCCGGCAGAGCUGUGCCCGGAUAAUACCACUUUAUUCCGGACGGCCAAGUCCCUUCGCCCGGCGAUUUGCUGCAACGUGGCACUCCUGGGAAAGCAAUGCCCUAUGGGCGGCCCCCCAGGCUGCAAAUUCGUGCACGACGACCUCCAGCGGACUGUAGGGCGCUUGGUGACUGAGUUGGCGACGAAGAGACAGGCAGGGCCCAACUCGAGCGGGAAUAAGCGGAACUUGACGGCGAUUGGGAGUAGCGACUGCCCGGAGCGAGCGCGAAAAGGAACGCUAGGCAUUGACCCCAGUCGGAUCGGAUCGGACGAGGGAUCGCGCGGAACAGAAGGUGAACCCGAGACAAAAACCCUAACUCUCGAGCUAGACGGCGAGGACGCUGGCACUUGGUGCGACCCGGAAGAAGACGCGCUGCUGUUGUUCUUUAAGAAACAGACGCACCCAGAGUCCCCGGUGACACUAAAUCAGGACCUGGUGCCGUCAGCAGCUCGAGAAAGCUUCUACGAGGCCGUGAACACGACAGCACCCGCAGCACCAGCAGCGACCGGCGACGGCGGCAGCAGCGGCGGUAGCCGCGGCCGCGUCCUUUCACAGCGGCGCCAAGCCCCAUCCUAUCCCCAGUACCUCACACAACCGCUCUUCAUCCCCCACGCGGCAAGUACGACAGCCUCGUCCACCUCGGUGGCGGGCGCGAUGCCGCCGGGCACGAAAACGGAAUCUUCUACGACGGCACCCGACACCAACACAAACAUCAACACAAACAUCGAUACUAACACGAACAUCGACACCAACACCAGGACGAGCCGUGCGGUGUUGGACGGCACGUCACCGGCGACUGCUCCCAGACCGCCGCCGCCGCUGUUGCCGCCGUCACCGCCGCCGAGGCCAAGGCCGCCGAUGCCGUACUACCUGUCAGUGAAGCUGCGCAGUACGGCCACGCUGGAUGCAGUACUGGCGGCGGUGACGGGGAUCCUGGGUGUGGCGUUACUGUUAAUGUUCGCGCUGGUGGUCGUGCGCAUUCGUACGACACUGUGGUACAACUAUCAUUGGCGGUACGCUAAUGCUUAUCACUUUUCACCGGGGGCCAGCUCCCCAGACUUGGGUUAUAGACACGGCGGCAGCGGCGGCGGCGGCCGCGGUGGCGCGGUUACGACGACGGCGCCAAAAAGCGGUGGUGACGGCGGCGUAGACGACGCUUCCAACCCCAACGGCGCGUCCCCAUCAGAAAGGCCUCCACCUCCAUUUUAUGACAGCGCGACCGCCGCCGCUGCGGCAGCAGCUGCAGCUGCAACAGCCGCAAGGACGCCGGAGCUUAGCUGUUCUACAAUGGGAACGGCGGACGCGGAGGCCGGCAGCAGCGCCGCCGCCGCGGCGGCGGCGGUUACCAGCGGCGCUCGCGGUCGCAGCGGCGCUGACGGCGGCAGCGGCCGCACUCACGGAGCCGCAGAUUUACACAACCUCUCAGCUCGCCCACAUGUCAAACAAGCCAACAGGGCGUUAGGGGUUGAGGGUCUUAAGAAAGGUCAUGUCCGUUUCAGCCUAGGGGUCACAGAGCAUAAUCAGGGCCCUGGUACUUGGGACAAUCCGGACAACUCGGGCUCCGGAACCGAUUCUGACCUGCGGGAUGCCGGCGAUACCGGCGACAGCCUGCAAGGUCCGGCCCCAUCGGGGCCGCCGGCGCCGGCGGUGCUGCCAGCGGCGCCGUCAGCUGUGACGCCGGCCUGGUGUCCGGCAGAUGGCCAGGGGGUGGACGUCGUCGUUACAGUGGCCUGCCGUCACGGCGGCGACGGGCCCGCCGUACCAGCGAAGCGUACGAUCCAGGCUACAGCUGCAGGCAGGGCCCAGGGGGCUGGACCUGCCGCGGCGGAGGCGGACUGUACGACGAGUAUGAAAAACACAGCUCAUUACAUUGACAGGUAUGACGGCGACGGCGACGAUGACGAGUCUGAUGAUGACGGUGAUGAUGGCGUUGGUGAUGAUGGUGUUGGUGAUGAUGGCGAGUUUGAUGAUGACGGUGGUGGUGAUGCCGGUGGUGGUGAUGAUGAUGGUGAUGGCGGCAGCUGCCUGGAUGGGAGCGCUGUGGCAGCGGCGGCGGCGGCCGCACGGUUCCGCUAG